UUUCAAAUCUCACUUAACAUGGUCCACUUCAUCUUCAUUCCCCUUUUGGCACCAGGCCAUUUCAUCCCAAUGAUAGACAUGGCCAAACUAAUCGCCGGCCGUGGCAUUUCCGCCACCAUUUUCGUCACGCCUCUCAUAAUCACUCGCUACGCCGGCAGAGCAAUCCACCGCGCAUCAAAUUCCGGCCUCCCUAUCCGUUUUAUCGAAGUCCCUUUCCCAUUUUCAUCCGAAAUCGGCCUACCACAAGGUUGUGAAACCGCGGAUGCACUUCCCCCGAGCCUAUGGUCCAACUUCUUCACCGCCCUAGAUAUAUGGCUAGUCUCAGUUGAGAAUUCCAUCCAAAACGUCGAACCCUUUCCUACUUGCAUGAUUACGGAUAGGUAUCUUCCUGGCUUGGCCGAGACUUCGAUGAAAUUUGGAAUCCCGAGAAUUAUCUUUGAUGGAAUGGGAUGUUUUAAUCUCGUGUUGAAGCACCAUUUAGAACUAUCGAAAGUUCAAGAAACGGUUAAGGAUUCGGAAUCUUUCGUGGUCCCUGGUUUGCCUGAUAGGAUCGAGCUAACCAAGGAACAACUACCCGCUAUGCUAAAAGUGGACGCGGGCAAAUGGGCGGAAUAUCGCGACCGGAUAAAAGCGGCCGACGAACAAGCGUAUGGGAUCGUGAUCAAUAGUUUUCGGGAAUUGGAGAAUAACUACGUCGAGGAAGUGAGGACAUUGAAUAAAGGUAGAGCUUGGUGCGUCGGACCGCUAUCUCUAUUCAAUAGAGAGACCCUGGACAUAGUGGAGCGAGGAAACCGAGCUUCCAUAGAUGAAACAGAGUGCUCGAGAUGGUUGAACGAGCGAGAACCGGGGUCUGUGAUCUACGCUUGUUUUGGCAGUCUGAAUAACUUAACCCUAACUCAGCUCGUGGAGCUAGGGUUAGGUCUAGAGGCGUCUAACCGUCCCUUUGUGUGGGUAAUGAGGGACGGAGAGGGGAAGGAGGAGACAGAGAGAUGGAUUACGGAAAGUGGAUACGAGGGGAGAAUUCGAGGGAGGGGACUCUUAAUCCGUGGAUGGGCUCCGCAAGUGUUUAUACUCUCGCACGAGGCUAUUGGGGCCUUCUUGACGCAUUGCGGUUGGAAUUCGACGAUGGAAGGAGUUUGCUCGGGGGUGCCAAUGAUAACAUGGCCUUUGUUCGCGGAGCAAUUCUUCAACGAGAAGUUGAUAGUGCAAAUCUUGAGAAUUGGUGUGAGUGUGGGAUCUCAAACGGCAAGGCAACCGAGUGAAUUGAAAGAUGGGGAAAUAUUGGUGGUGAUAAAAAGGGAGACGAUUAUGAAUACCAUCGAUAAGGUUAUGGCCGGAGAUGAGGAGGGGGAUGCAAGGAGGAGACGUGCACGAGAGGUGGCGGAGAAGGCGAAGAAAUCGGUUGAAGAGGGCGGUUCUUCUAACCUUAACUUGAGCCUCCUCAUUGAAGAGGUCACCAUUGAAAAUCCAACUUGUUCUUCCUAAUUCUUAAUGCAUGCAUGAAGGAUUCAUUUAUAAUGUCAUAUGGUUUGGUUCAUCAUCAAUUUUUCAUACUUUCAAUCUUUUGGUGUAACAAAUAAUUCAAUUAUUCUAUCUAAGUUAGCUAACUUCUUUAAA